CCGCCGCCGCUCACAAGCCAGCAGUCUCCGGUUCGAGUUCCUGCUUCAACAGUGAUUGAACGGAACCCGCAGCCAGACCCUUUCGUUCAUAUUCACUGGGCUUUCCAUUCCAGCUGUCUCUAAUUUAGCAUUAUCACAGUCAUUGAAAAAGCGUAUUCCUUUCACAGCGCGUUUAAAAACGACAGCAGCGACAUCUCCUCCCAUCGUCGACGCUUGACUCCCACUCCAGGGCAUUUCCACUCGGACAAUGAGCUCCCAGGUCAGACACAACUUCCACCAGGACUGCGAGGCAGCCAUCAACCGUCAGAUCAACCUGGAGCUGUACGCCUCCUAUGUGUACCUGUCCAUGUCGUACUACUUCGACCGGGAUGACGUGGCGCUGCAUAACUUUGCCAAGUUCUUCAAGCACCAGUCCCACGAGGAGCGCGAGCACGCUGAGAAACUGAUGACGCAGCAGAACCAGAGAGGGGGGCGCAUCUUCCUGCAGGACAUCCGGAAGCCGGACCGUGAUGAGUGGGGCAGUGGUCUGGAGGCUCUGGAAUGCGCUCUGCAGCUGGAGAAGAGUGUCAACCAGUCUCUGCUGGACAUGCACAAGGUGGCGUCUGAGCGCAAUGACCCUCACAUGUGUGACUUCAUUGAGACUCACUACCUGGACGAGCAGGUCAAAUCCAUCAAGGAGCUGGGAGACUGGGUGACCAACCUGCGCCGCAUGGGAGCGCCCCAGAACGGCAUGGCAGAGUACCUGUUUGACAAGCACACCAUGGGCUCUGGGCAGAGCUAGACCUGACUCCCAGCCUCCACACACCGGCCCCAAGCCAGCAUGCAUUGCGUCUACAGCAUUAUGUACCCUGAGAUUGUUUUGUUCUGUAAAGCUGCGUGUGUGUGUUCCUCAAUCUGUGGCUUCAUAAGUGAGUGUUGUGCUUAUAUUUUAAUAAAGAAAAUUGACUCUU